ACCACACCCAUGGCCUGCAACAGCCUCUGCCGUCCCUGCGGACCCACCCCACUGGCCAACAGCUGCAACGAGCCCUGUGCCCUGCAAUGCCAGGAUUCCCACGUCAUCAUCAACCCUUCCCCUGUGCUGGUCACCCUGCCAGGACCCAUCAUGACCUCCUUCCCCCAGAACACCGCCGUCGGAUCCACCUCCUCCGCUGCUCUGGGCACUGAACUCAAUGCCCAGGGACAGCCCAUCUCUGGUGGAUUUGGCUUUGGUGGCUUUGGCUACGGCCUGGGAGGCUUGGGCUGCUAUGGCAGAAGGGGCGGCUACAUCUGCUAA